UCCGAGUGGGGGCGGUGUGGGUAAGCUAAGCAGGGUCUGCUUCGUUCCACUGCUGGAGGGGAGACGGGGAGGAGCGCGGGCGGUGCUCGGAGCCCUGAGAGCUGUGAGGGGAGAGCGGCGGUGCCCAUGGACAUCCCGGAGGCGGCCGCGUCCCGGCUGGAGGGGGGAUGGCAGGAGGUCUACUCGGCUCUGCAGUGGAUCCACUUCACCAUGGCCAUGCUCAGUGUUACAGGUUCCAGCUCCAUCAUCACUUAUGCCAUCUUUCAAAACGUGGUGCGGUCCCCUGAGGUUCGUCCUCUUUUCUACCUGAGUCUCUCUGACCUAUUUCUGGGCAUGUGCUGGAUCGCUGGAGCGCUGCUCUAUAGCACACCAACCUCCAAGCAGGAUCUCAUCUGCUACAACCUGCAGGCGAUGGGACAAGUAUUCUAUGUGGCCUCUUUCCUAUACACUGCCAACUACACCUGGCAUCUGUACAUGGACCUGAAGAUGAAAUACAAUCAGAACCUUAACAGGAUGCCCCCCACAGUUGUAGAUUAUGCCAGUUGCAUUGGCCGAGUAGCAACAAUUUUGUCCAGCCUGAUCCCUUUUCUUCUUAUGAUGCCUGUGUUUUGCCUGGGCAACAGCAGUAACUGCUACCAGAACUUCAGUCAAAAGCAUGGAUGUCUCUUGAUGCACACAGAAAUGGCUGAGCCCACCAACGAGCCGCUAACGCUGAAUGGCUCUGUUUGCAGAGCCAUGCAUUUCUAUGGCAUUGGGGUCUUCCUUGUUUCCUUUCUGGUCAGCUUCAUAGCUAUUCUGGUUGUACUCAUUCAAGCCCGAGGUUUGUACAAAAGGUUCGUAAACUCCACAGGAUUCCUGGGAGAUCAGCAGUGGGCAAUGAUUAAGAUGGUGGAACAACGAGUGGUUUUUUACCCCAUCGCAUUCUUCUGCUGCUGGGCCCCAGCUGUCCUCCUUGGAAUACUGAAGCUGACAGCUUCAACAAGCAGCAAAAUCUACAUGGCUCUUCUUGUUCUGCAGGCACUGACAGCAGCUUCCCAGGGACUUCUGAACUGCAUUGUGUACGGCUGGACACAGCACGUCUUCCUCUCCCUCAAACGCAAUAUCUGCCGUGACGUUGACACUCAGACUCCUCUCCUGCGCUCUCAGAAGAAGUUCUAUGCCAGCACACUCCCUGCCAGCCCUCCAGACACUGAGGUGUCCACAUCAACCCUGCUCUGAUGAAUUCCUGCAGCAAAAACGAGAGUAGGCAGCAUCCCAAUGGGGCCUCGUCGUAUUUUAGCAAUGCCAGCCAGCACAGCUGCUGGGCUGUCUUGGUGUGAACUGUUUUGUCACCAGCACGGUUAACUGUAGUUCUGCGAGAGCCCGAGCAGAUCUGUCAGAAAAGCACUUUCAGUGAAGAUAGUUAUUUAUUUUACAGAUUUCUAUGGACUUGAAAGGGAUCCUUUAAAACCCGGUAAAUUUUUAGCACAGGCUUUCUCCUUAUGGAAGUAUCUCUAGAAAUACAGCAAAUUAAAUGUAACAACUCCAAGAUCUAGUACAGCUCCUUUGAGGGCGUGUGGUCAAAAGACGUUUUACUUUUCUACGUGUUUGUCAGUUAUUUGCCAUUACGAGUUAACAUUAAAGCAAAGAUGAAUAUUUUUAAA